GGAGUUGGAGAAAUUACAACGCAGUCGUCGAGUUGGCCAACUUUGUGCUGGCAGUUGGUAGUCUGAGACUAGCAUUAUGGGUCAGUUCUGUUUUGGACUGGUUGGUGUGUCAACGGUUUUUGUUCUAUUUUAGUUCGAUAAAAGUUGUUUAUAGGGUGGCAGCGUGUUUCCAUUCUUUCUCUGUAUAGACUGAAUAUCGAAAUAACCAUAUCUUAGACACCAAAAUAGUCGAAGUUUAAAAUGGCCUGAGGUGUUGUCAAACAACUAUGCCAGCGGCUAAACCGCUGGUGGCGGCUCCUUCUGUGAUGCCGCACCCAGCCCAGCCUACGACCGAGCGGAAGAAGACGGACAAGCUCCAGUCAGACACCACACGGCCGACUACGCCACCGCCAGCACCGUUCACCUUGAUGUUCCCGGAGUUUGCGACAAGGCACCCUAAUUGCCGGUCAUCUUCAACUUCGGAGAUAGAACGUGCUGCCAAGGAGGAGCACGCCCGGAGUUUGGCCCAACCCGCCGUUGGAAAGAGGAAAGCGGAACCAGUGGAAGGCACUAAAGCCUGGACGCUCCACGGCCAGCUGAACAAGCGCUACAGCAAGUGCUACUGGACGAACAUUACCCAGCCGGACAACUUUAUUUGUCCACCGCACACUCCGGGAUACCGAGAGAUCCCCGACGGCGAAGGACAGCUGGAAAGCCACGUCAUCAGGCUCAGCGAUGGAAUCGAAUGUCUUUGCGUCACAUACUGCAGGGGUCAAUUUCACAACCAGGCUCUGCUGCUCACCCAGAUGGAUAACGUAUCAAUCCAUCGAAUCCUGAAGAAGAUCUUCGGAGGGGAGCAGUAUCCCAAGGCCGCCAAGAUUUUAUUGACCCCGGAAUUUCUUCAAUUCCUGCCUAACUUCAAUACCAGAGUCUGGCUGUCCUCGCCGUAGACGUCAACCUCCUACCAACCAACCUCCUACCAACCUCCCUUUCCUCCGUGAUUCCGUUUCCUUGGUAACCAGGCCUACAAGCACACCGAUAGGACCCGAUGCUGUUGAAACAGUUGGAUCUGGUAGAAUGACAGUUGCUGCUUCCCUCUGCACAUUCGUCGAUAUCUGGGGGAUUUUUUUAAAAACAGUAUUAUUAAAUUAUUAAUCCGUAAUUCGGUUUAAUGUGAUGAGCUCUAUAAAGUCUAAACUUCAUCAUUAUUUAAUUAUUUAAAAUAAUUAUUUGUAAGCUGGCAGACAAAAACAAUCGUGAAUAAUUGUAUCUGUUAUGUCAUUUUAAAAGCUGUUAUAAAAAGGUUGAAUGCUAAUUAAUCGAGGUGAAUGCCAGUUAUUACUAAAGUUUUACAUUCAAAGUGUAGAUGGAUGAUUGAGGAUUUGGUGGUUGCAGUUAUAGUUUGUUUUGUUUUGUUGCCACUUUUUGUGGUGUUUAUGUUUCUUUGUGUUUUUCUCUUCUUUUUCUUUUUCGUCUUAGGGUUUUUUCUGUGUUUUUUUUGUUUU